GUUUGCUACGGUUUAGUUGGCGACGCAUCGUAAUCGCUUUGUCUUUGAUGUUUGUCGACGCAUCGGGAAUGCCCUCCCGAUCGUGAGAGUAUUGCGUGUGUGCGGGCGUGCACUGUGCACUGAUUUCGAUUUCAUUUCAAAGUUGAUUCUUGCGACAGACGCAGACGAGCAGGCGCAAUAUUACAAUAUUAUUGUAACGCAGUGUUAGUGGGUUGGUCAUUGCGAUGUGAAGUGUUUUUUGUGUAAAAUUUAAAUUUAGCGAAAUUGAAUUUAAUAUUUGUGGUUUAAUUUAAUAUAGUUUUAUUUUAUCUCUGUGAAGAUGGAUGUUAUGAUAAAGUUACCUUCGUAUACCUACGCUACCAUAAAACACCAACUCUCAAAAUUACCCAUAUUAAAAUCCCAAAUUAAACUUUUAAUAGCCACAUCAAUCAUAACCUCAAUUUUAGUAAUCCCAACUUUUGUAUUUUUAUUCUCCCUUGUUUUACUCUACAGAAAAUGUAUAGACUUACUUCUACACUUUCAUAUUGAACACCGGUAUCGUGGUCUACUGCGUGGUGUAGAUACAAUCUGUUGUAAUCAACCCUCUUGCACCCCUUCUUUUUUCUUUCUGAUAGACUACAACAAAUCACACGAAGAUCUUCGACAAGAUUUCAUAAAUUUACUACGACAAUGUCGCUACGCACGACAUGAAAAACUCUUCUACAGUUGGUCAUCAUUCUUUGGUUAUCACUACUACUAUAAAAACAACUUAAAAGUUGAAGAUUACAUCACAAUUGCUGAUAUGCCAGAAAACACUUCAACAAUUAAUAUAAUAAAAAACAAAGAAGAUUUUGCUAAUGUUAUUGUCCAAUACGACACUGCAAAAAUGCCCGAUGACAACAACGCGUUAUUUCAUAUAAUUAUCUAUCCACAACAAGUAAAACUACCCCAAGUUGAGGGUUGUAAACUGGUAUGUUUUAAAAUGCAUCACGCUUUGGCUGAUGGCAAAGCUAUACUAGGUUGGAUGAUGGCGGAUCUGGCCGAUAAAGAACCAAAUCAUCAAACCAAUGGAUUACAAAAUGGAGGAUUUGCCAAACCUACAAAUGGCGUACAAAAACAAAUCGGAAAGUGCGUAAUGGACGACAUUAUUAAAUCAUGCAAGAAAACCUUGUUUGAUGAUAAAAUCAAAGUGCUACCAAGUGAUUAUCAUGAUGAUAAUAUCUUACUGGGUAGAAAUCUGCGUGAUGAGAAAUUUAUUUGUUGGUUUAGUGACUUUUCAUCGGAAUAUAUCGAUAAAAUCAAAACUAUACGCAAAUCAAGGGAAGGUGUUUCGUUUUUGGAUGUUAUCAACACUUGCAUUUCUUCAAGUUUACAGAAAUAUUAUGAAAAACACUCAAAUAUAAUUCCAGAGGAAAUUUCCGGUGGAGUUGUUCUAUCGCCAGCUAAUUAUAGUUUUCGAUAUGGAAACCCAGCGGAUUUUACAUUUUCCAAUGAAUUUUCCGUUGGUGGAUUUCGUUUUCCUAUUGUCAUCAACAAAAUAUUUUUAUUGGUUGAGCGAUGUAUUUUCCCUCCUGCCAUAUCAACUACCAACGUUUUUGCAAGUCAACUUAAAAUCACAAUUGGUGUGAGCAGUCUUCCGGGAUCCGAUAAACAAAUGACGCUUUUUGGUGGACAUCUAAUGAAAGAUGUAAUUUUAAUGGCGCCAAAUUCACCAGGCACGGCUUUACACUUCGUUAAUUGUUCAUAUGGCAAUAGAUUUAAGAUUUCAUUAACUAUAGAUAAAAGUGUUGUUGAAAACUUCGCCAAUGCACAAAGCAUUGUUGACGGAAUAAUUGAUAACAUUGAUUUGUUAUAUGACAUUGUCACAAGUGCAAACUAAUAAACUUUUUUACAUUUGGCAGUUGA